AGAACGUGUGCGCCUGCGGGAGGGGCCGAUAGAAAAUGGCGAGUCUGUGCAAAAGGCAGCAAUGCACGAUCGAGAGGCGCGGCUUUCGGCAGGAACUUGACUCGUGGCGGCAUAAACUAAUUCACUGUGUAGGGUUUGAAAGCAUUUUGGAAGGGCUGUUUGGGCCAGGACUUGUAAAAGAUCUUACCCUAUUUCAAGAUUGCGAGCCCGAAAGUGUGUCAGAUUGGUCGUUUGAUGAAAAUUGUCUUUUCUGCUGCUUAAGAAGAGAGAAAGUGAAGGAACACUUGGUUGGCUUAAACAACCAGGUCUUGUUAGCUGAGGAGGACAGCUGCAAACAGGAACAGUCCAAAAUUAACCGUCUGGAGAAACAAGCAGAAGAGUUCCUCAAUGCUGUCUUCUACAGAAAAGCAGAUAUCCCUGGCUUCUCAGACCCCCAUAUUCCUCUAGUGGCUCGCGAGAUAAUGCAGCGAAUGAUCCGGCAGUUCGCUGCGGAAUAUACCUCAAAAACCAGCUCAUCUCAGGACUCCCUCCAGCCCAACGGGACCACCAAGGACCAAAGCCUGCCGAAAGCGCCCUCGCUCGCCCUCGCCCUCACCCCCGCCCCCGGCAACACCCCCCCGGCCUCCGCCGCCAUCACCACUGCUGUCACUGCUGCUGCCGCCUCUGCCCAGAAUCCCGUCCUCAGCAAGCUUCUCAUGGCUGACCAGGACUCUCCUCUGGACCUCACCGUCAAGAAGGCCGAAAUCGAACCCAGCGACCAAGAUGGAGUCCUCGAUCUUUCAACCAAGAAGAAUCACAAUGUGGGCAGUGUCUCAGUAAAGAACUCUCAUGGUUACUCUGUGGCGCCAAGGGUCAAAGGGCGUCCCGUGAGAGCUGACCACAUCUUUCGGGAUGGAGAUGGAGAGGACGGGCUGCCCCCGAGAAGCUUACAGGACGGGACGAGGGAGAAUUUCGGAAACUCCACCCCCCUCAAGCCCCCGCUCGCUCGCUCGCUGCUGAUCAAGGAAGAGCUGCUCGCCCAGAAACAGCGCCUGCUCCGUCCGCCCGGCCCCCUCACCAGCCUGGACUCGGCGGGCCUGCUCAACCACGGCCAGCGCCCCCUGCUGUCCCGGGACGGCUCCUGGAGCAAGUCUCACUUCGACAGCCUUCUGAAGCUCAAAGCUAGCAGCACCCUCAACGACCUGAAGGACCUGCCCUUCUACCUGGAGAACUCGGGCGUGUUCUCCAAGGGUCCCGGCCUGACCAAGUCGCAGGAAGCCAAGAAAGACCACGGGCACUCGCCCCCUGUCGACCUGAAGAUACCGCAGGUGAGGGGCAUGGACUUGUCCUGGGACUCCCACACCUCUGACCUCUACGGGUACGGCUCGCUGGUGGUGGGCCCGCACUCCGAAAACGCCCUGAGCAAGAAGCUGCGGGCCAUCCUCCCCAAGCAGAACAGGCGGGGCGGCCUGGGGGGUAUCCUGGAUGGGUCGGCGGAUUUCUGGGGGUCGGACGUAGAGCAGUCCACCUCCGGGCAGCAGUACCCUACCUCCGACCCGGAGGGGGAUCCCAGCUCGAAACAGCCGAGGAAGAAGAGGGGCCGGUAUCGGCAGUACAACAGCGAGAUCCUCGAGGAGGCCAUCUCCGUGGUGAUGAACGGGAAGAUGAGCGUCUCCAAGGCGCAGAACAUGUACGGGAUCCCCCACAGCACGCUGGAGUACAAGGUGAAGGAGCGUCUGGGAACACUGAAAAACCCUCCAAAGAAGAAGCUGAAGCUGAUGAGGAUGGAAGGGCAGGAGAUGGUGGCCGACUCGGAACCCACACCCAGGGAGGAGGGCUCCCAGGGGGGCAGCGAUUCGAAAGAUGAGUAAAAAGGCUUAAAGAAAAGCAGAACGAAACGAAACAAAAAAAAAAUUAACGGGGGCUUCAGUUGUGCCAAUUUUACUUUGCAGUAUCUGGGUGAGCACAAACGCAGGGAUUUAAGGAGAAAAAUUAAGAACUCUGGAGAGAGUGAAAUAUACUAAUCUGCUCAUUUUACAGUGGUGACUUUGACACUGUAGAAGCAUUUGUUGUUUUUUUAAGGUUGCAAAGCAAAUGCAUUUGAAGCCAUGUGAUUAUGUGAUACCAUACACAAAUUUUUUGUAAAGGAAGCUGAUUAACCCACCCCACCACCCCUUUUCUGAACUUGAUGCCCCCUACUGACCAGGGCUAGCCUGUUUCAUAGGGGCAACAGAGGGCAAAAAUAAAAAUUUGUGGACUGCAUGGGGGAAGAGAGGGGGGGUUAACCCUUGAACAAAUUGUUUAUGAAGUGCCCCUUGCUAAAACUCCCCCUCUAACAGGAAAAAGCAUAGAUAAGAUUAAAAAAUGAAAUUGGUAAAAAGAAAAAUCAGUUCGAAGGAUACUAGUUUAGUACUAUUAAAGAUAAUAUCACCAGGGAUCCUCAACCCAGAUCUAAAACAUUAUUAUUAUUAUUAUUGUUAUUAUUAUUAUUAUUAUUAUUUCAAUGUCAGUUAGACAAUGGAUUUUUGGUUCAUGAGAAUUUCUAUAAAACAUCACUUAAAAAAAUAUUAUGCUUCAUGCUAACCUUCGGACGACAAACGUACACAGCCUAUUGACAUAACAAAAAAAAAUCAUUCAGGGAUGCAUGUUUUGUGAGACUUUUCUUAAUUUCCGAGUUAGUUUGCUUUGGUUUGCACUACGUGUUUGGUCGUGUGCUCUGUGAGGCUUGCCGAACCCUUUUCGGGGACGACAGCUCCUGGUAGACCUGAUUACCUCUUAACUGCUGUCUCAGCAAUCUGCACUUAAGGUCUGCUAGAUACUUUCUGUUCCUCCGUUUCCUGGUGAGCACUUUUCAUUUCAGAUGCAUUUAUGUAGUUUCUUUUGUUUGUGGGGAGGGGACGUGCUAACUUGAAUCAUGCUAAGAAAACACACACACACACGCACGGCCAUUUUAAAUUGAGGUUUUAGCAAGCGAGGCUGCGUACGUCCAUUGAUGAUUUAAAAAAAAUUAUUUCCCGCUGCAACAUCUUACUGUUGAAGUACAUUUUAUUUGGGCUGGGGGGCAGGACAGGAGAAGAAUUAAAAUGGGGGUGGUGGGGUAAAUUUAAUAUAUUAUAAAUUAUUCUACUGACUUAAAGCCAAUCUUAAUUUUGGGUUAUUUUCGUUUUCAACUCAGGGUCACUGAGAACUAUUAAUCUGUUUUAACAUUCUUUUUUUUGUUCCUGAAGUGCAGUUUUCAAAUUAUUAUAAUUUUUUGCUCGUUCUUUUUUGGAACUGAUUCAUUUUGGGGUUGGGUUUGGGGAUUGGGUGUUAAAUCACAGCCAUGGUCAAUGGACUUAAGUGUGGAGAAUUAAGAAAAAAUGUUUAAGCUGAUGGGCAGUUGUUGGGGAUGGGGUAAAUAUGUCCAUACAUUUCUGAAAAUAGCACUUUUUAAAAGAGAAGACAUUUGUGCAUGUGUAUGUGUGUGUGUGUGUGUGUACGUUUGUUUGUUUGUUUGUUUGCGUUUAUGUGUGUGUGUGUGUGUGUGUGCACGUGUACGUAUGUGCACAUGUGCGUAAGUGUAUGUGUGUACGUGUGUGUGUGUGUGUGGUGGGAGGAAGGUGACCACAACACAAAAGCUUUAGUGUCUGAAUAUGAUCUGAAAACCUGCAGCUUGGACCCAAACAGAUAAUUUCUUUCAAUUACCUCUUCAAAAUACACUGGCUGACAGCUCGAAUUGUCAGGUUUGGUGUAAUUCCCAUCCCUGCAUCCUAUCUGAUAGGCAGAGGUGGAAAUUCUCUUAUAAAUAAUGAGGGUGGGGGGAUCCUAUUAGGGAAAAAAAAUAUGCUCUUUAAAGUCCUGCUUCAUUUUCCUUUGAUGAAAGCAGACUAGAUGGCAUUAUAUGCUACUUUUUUUACAUUGCUUUUUAGCACUUACUCUGAGUUCCUUUUAAAUAAACUGGCUCCAACACUGCCUGGUGCUCACCCAGUCUGAAGUGACAAAAAAAAGAUUAUUUUAAAUAAAUUGUGUAUCAAGCAUCUCCAUUAUUGCAAACUGUUGAAACACUCCUUGCAAUGUACAUUUUAUUUUACGAAAUGGCAUGCACCAAUUCAGACUUUACAGAGAGUAAAUAUGUUGAAUUUAGUAUUGUGAGUAUGUGGAACACACUGUGUUGUGUUUGCUGGGUCAGCGACAAGGAAUGAUUAGGGUAAUUGUUUUUUUUAUGGAUGUCUUAAAUUAAAUUUCACGCAUUAUACAAAUCUUGCAAGUAUGGCAAAUCUACUGUUAACUGACCAAUUGACAUUCUAUGUUAACCAGUUCAAAAGCAUUGACCUCAAAUCUGUUUUUUGUAGUUUAGCUACAAUGCCUACUUUGUUUGCAGUAAUGUUUCACUUGUGAAUGAGGCCCUUUCAGAUAAUAUUUUGCUCAGAAUCAUGCAUCAAAUGCAUAAAAAACACUGUAUUAAUGCUGAGCAUUUAAAGUGUCUAAUUCGAAUUUAGUUGUUGAUUAAGUAGUAUGUAAAGGUCCCCUUGAAUCUUGAACUGUACUGUUUUAAGGAUUUACUGCAAUUAAUGUUUAAAUAUUAUUGUGUUAUUAUUUGAAAGCACUUGAGUGGGGGAGGGGGAUGAUUUUGUUAUGCACAUAACCUCUGAUUUGCGGUUUAAAUAGCUCAUAAUUUUGCUCAGCAGAAACACUGUUUUAGAUGCAGUGCUAAAAAUAUCUAAAAAAAAACAAAACAUUCUGCUUUUUUGACUUGGGUAGUAUGCUUUCAUGAACACACAUGCGCAGACUCCUGUAUGUCUCUGUGCAUAAUAUUUUGUUUAUAAAAUGAAGUGGUCAAAUGGAUGAUUUUCCCCAUACGGUUGAAUGCACUUGCUAAAUGUCAUACUGAAGUGCAGGAUUAAAUUCAGUGCACUUGCUUCUAAGCCCUGGAGAGCAAGACCAGACCAGCUGUUUUAUUGCCCUCUAACCAUUCUCAUGACAACUUUUAUGAAAAGUUUACUUCGAAAUUAGGUGUAUGUUUCUCCCUUGGUCUUUCAAAUAAGAAUCGGAGAAUUAAAUAACAUAGUUAUACCUGUUUCCUCUCAGGAAGUCUCAUCUGCAAUUCCACAUCCUUUCAAUUAAGCAUUUCUGGCAGUUCUGCCUUUCGUCGUUACUGUUUAGAAGCAGAGCGGUGGGAUAGCGGUAAUGCCUUGAGCGGCAGACGGACGUGGUUGAUUGAUUGAACAAGCAGCUGGUCUUCCAGGUCUCAAGAAAAGUGUUGUUUUUGCGAGUGAUCAUUUGGUUGCUCUGCCAGGCCUGAGACAUUGCACCGAUAGUGGUUGGAGCCCUUUUCCUUGUCGUUGUUUCGCAAACACAACCAAAAAAAAGUCCAAAAUACUCAUUUGCAUAGGCUUAAGGAAAUGGUAAACUGAAAACAACAAUUCAUGUACCAGGGUGUAAGCUUUGGCACCUCAACGCAUUUGUAUGUGAUUAUAAUAUCUAUGGUACUGUGGUGUGUGCCAUUUUGUUUUGUUUUUUUUGUUUGUUUGUUAAUGCGUGAUGUUUUGACUGAGUUAACAGAUUCCCCUGUCCACAAAAAUGUCCUUCUCGGUAGAUCUCGUUUAGUUCCAGAAAAUUUCCAUAUUCACGCAAAUGAAUGUAGAGACCAACAUUUUACUAUUUAAACUCUGCAAAAAAAGGACUACUUCUUCCUCUUCUUUUUCUUUUCCUUCAGUGACUUGCUUUAAGUAGACUUUCAGGCAACGUUCACUUGUAGCCUUCAAUGUAUCUCAGGAUAGUUACAGGAGGGCAGCUAUAUUUGUCAGUUAGAGAAUGCAGACUUGACUACCUGUAUGAAAUGAAAACUAUAUAUAACAUUUUUAACUUGGCUUUCUGCGUCCAAGUGUAAUACCUCAGUCUCGGAAAUCACUUCAUUUCCGUGCCUCUUACUUGUAUCCCUCUCAGGAGCGUGUGAAGAAGGGAUAGUUGAUACUCUGGGAAAAGACCAUUCCUUCUCUUGUUUUUGUUCACUUUCCUCUUUCGGGCAGGGGAGGGGGUGUUUCGUACUGUACAUCUGACUGACCAAUAUUUGAACCCUUCUUAUUCAGGUAUGUUCACAAAAAUCAACCUCAUUGAAUUGUGGUACAAACAAAAAAAAAACAGCAAAAAAAAAAAGUUUUUUAUUUAUUUGUUUGUGCCCCUCAAAGCCUUUUCUUCUUAAUUCCACUCUUCUUAAUUAAACUUUUUAAUGCUGGGUCCUGCUUUACUCUGGUGGUUUCCAGAGGCAGGGCACCAGAACGGGAGACCCUCUAGAUGCAGGUUUAACUUAUAUUCAAGCUUCAGGUUUAAGCAACGCUGGGAUAUCUGAUAUGUGAGAUCUGUGAGCAGGUAUUGGGACAGGGGAAAAUGUUCAUUCUCAGCUGUUCAUUCUUUUUAACCUUGUUUUACACUGCAUUCCAAAAAAAAAAUUAUUUUACCUUUAUGAAAAAAAAUGAUAUAUAUAAUAUUUAUUUAAAUUUGUCUUCAGGUAAUUGUAUCUUUUUUCAUUUUUGCCGAUGUCAUGUGAGAUUGUAACUAAAUCAAUGCAGAUGACCUCAAUUUAUAGUAACCAUAUAUGUGCCAUGUUCCCUAAAUGGCACACAGUACCUUUGAGAAAUGUCUAUAUAUAAUAUAAUAUAUACAUAUAUAUUGCCAUGCUCAUAAAAUAUUAAGUGUUUUCAAUAUGCCGCAUAUCCGAUUGACAGUUGAUACCUCAGGUCACACCACUACAGAGCAGCUGAUUGUACAUGUGCUAAUAUGGCAGAUCAGGAUUUUUAUUACAAUUAUAUUUAUGGAUUUGUAGACAUGGUGGGAAUUAUUAUUAUUGUUAUUAUUAUUAUAAUUAUUAUUAUUAUUAUUAUUAUUAUUAUUAUUAGUAUAUCUACUAAACAGAACCCAGGUCUUUUUCACUACUUUAUUAAGUCUAGCACAUCGUCGGGAAAGAACAGCACAUAUGCGCCGUCAGGUUAUCAUUCCACACGCGAUGAUGUGGGUGGAUUACAUAUUAUUACCAAACGCCAAGUCUAGCUCCUUUUUAGAACAGGUAGGCGAGACAGUGGAGAGUUGCAGGCAUGAGCUCUGAUGUCUGUAGGCUGGAAACUCUGGUACACCAUUUACAUACACACACACAGUAAGGAGAAAAACAUUUUUCAAAAAAAAAAAAAGAAAACUAAGGUGACAAUAACCUGUCACCUUUGUCCAUUUCAGUUAAUUUAAUUAGCUGUGUUGGGGAGAACUUGUAAAAGAAAGUGAGGUCUUGCGUGGGUUUCUUUUUUUGCAGGCCUCACACGAUGGAAAGAUUUCUUAUUUUUUUAUCAAGAGUACUUCAGCUUUGCUUCAUGUUUCAUGGUUCACACUCCUUGUAAUAAAAAGAUCAUCCACUGUCCAUUGUAAAAGUUUCCAUAAGCAAACUUUGUUGCGAGACCCCUGAAAAUAGGUGAGAAAAAACCUUUGCGGGGCUUUUCUUUUGGGGGUGGGAGGUUGGGGGAGGGGAUGAAACAAGGAUAUGUCAAUUUAUGACAUCUGGCGAAAGUUAAAGGCAAGGCACACUAUAAAACUGCUGGGAAGAAAUCAAAGCUGCUGGAAUUCAAAGCUUACUCCAAAAUUUUAGAGCCGAGUAGCAGAACUGAAUACAAGCCCACAUUUCAGACAUGAUCAAGUUCUCCCUCGGAUGAAACACCUGUAUACAAUACAGUCAGUGACAACACAGUUGUGAAACCCAAGUAUAUGCUUGUUCAGUUGAGGAUUUUCCAUAAGUCAUAUCACAUGCAGAAUCUCUCAGAUCAUGGGGGCUGGAGUACCGUCCAAAAUCUUUGACUUAAAAGCUAAUUAAUUCAUGAAAUGUUCAGUCCGUUAAUGCCAGUGGCUGAUUUAAGAACUAUGCAUUGGGAUUUUGCCAUUGCUUGGGGUGGGCAUGUGAUGCAAAUUGAAGCUGCUGUCACACUAACAGUAAGAUCUACACUGCAGCACAAUGAAGGCUGCUGUGUGUAAUGCUGCUGGUUCCCCCUUUAGACUAAAGAGCUUUUGUCUCAAUCCAGGUGUAAUGUCCUUUGGCAAGUAAACAAGUAGUUCAUGUUCUUUACUAGCCAAACCGAAUCCUUAGCCUAUAUCCUUAGAGGACUACGCAUAUUGUUUUCUUAUGAUGAGAAAAUGAUCAAGCUGUGUAGUGCCAUUACUUUAGUCAGAAGUGCAUGUUCCUUUCCCCACAGUUAUUCAGAAUUUAAGAUGAUUGUGAGCCAUUCAGAAGUUUUAGAUUUAGUGCAGGAGUCACUUUUCAGAGAUAUUCAAGAUCACCUAGGGAAGCAUUAUGAUAAAUUAUGUUUCAUCAAAAGCAGAAGGAGCAGGAGUCGAUCACUGACUGUAUAUGAACAAGGUCAUUCUUUGAUGUAGAAGAAAAAAUAAUCCUUAAUGCAAUUCUAAAUAAAUGAAACCGUGAAAAUUGACCCCGCCACUCUCAUAUUUACCACAUUAUUUUGCCAAUUGUAUAACCAGUGAAGGCACCAGAACAACAUCUAUAAUUAUUUUAUAUUUUUUGCUUAACAAAAAUCCUCUAGUUUAUAAUGCAGACUUAGAGCCCUGAACUAAAACCACCUCAGAUUCAAUUAAAACUCAAAGCUUAUGAACGAACUGUAUAUAAAAGUCAUUGACGUCCUUAAAAAUUCUAGUGUUAUUGGCUAUCAAAGGGCUGCUCUUGAAUGUUGCCAAGACAAUCGUGCAGCAAUGUUCGCAGGUGAAGGUGUGCCUCUCCUUUAAGAGCAUGGUUUUAUCUUUUUGAGCAAAUGAAGGAUUUUCUAAGCUGUGUUUUUUAAAAGCAUUAUUUUGUAGCAGUUGUCUUUCCCCCAGUCUUGCUUGCAGGUGGCUAUGACAAUUGAACAUGCAUUGCUUGUUUGUGUAGAAAUCUAGCUUUUUAAUGUGAUUGAGUUGGUAUUUGUAUGGCUGUUUAAUUGGUGGACAUAUUUUGCCUCUUUUUUUUGACGUACAGUUCCAAUGCAUAAAAUCAAAAGAAUCCAUAAUGAUGGUGAAAGUCAGGUGGUUUUCGAACACUGCCUGGGGCAAACAAAUCCUUUCAACGAUUGUCACUUGAAUUUUCUUUUCUUUUAAAGUACUCUUAUUAUGGCCCAAAUAAUUGUCAUUUAUGUGAAUUUUUUUUCAUGAAACAUUGUGACAUUGUUAUGUUUGAAAAUUCCAUUUUGAAUUCCAAAAGACUGUAAAAUAAUGAUCUUUUGUGGGGUGGAAAAAAAAAACAAAACAUCAGCCUGCCCAUUUUGUUGUUAUGAGAUGGUGAGGGGGGAUGUAUGUUAUAAAAGAUUGGAAAGGGGUGGGGGUAGUCCUCUGUCAUGGUGUGGUAAAGUUUGUUGUUUGAAUUUGAUUAUAAAAGAAUGGACUUUUGGAGACUGUAUGUAGCACUUGAAAUGUACAGGAUAAGGAGAUUUCUCACUGGAAUCCACUUUGGAUUUACUAGUCAUUUUCUUCGCUAGGGAAAGUGGUUUAACAGGCAUUUUUUUGGCACCCUGAACACUAUUACUGUGUUUCUAUGUGCGAUCUGUGAUUUUGCAAGGUCAGCAUUUUCUUUUUCCCUUUCUAAAGUUUUUCCUCAUCAGAAUUUCGUAAAAUUGGGCAGCAGAUUUCUCAACUUAUCUUCAUAAUGUGAGUAAAUUCCCAUUCCCAUUUUCAUUUUUUUUGCGAGAAAAAAGAACUGUUAUUUGGGCAGAACUGACAUUUUAUCAUCUGUGUUGCAAUGAACUGAGCUUUCAGGCAUUUUUAAAGGAGAGGUGAAUGCAGAUUUUCUGUUGUGAAACUGAUAUUCAUCAUGUGAUGUGCAUUAAUGUGAUUUGUUUUACAGCAAAUGUCUCACAAUUUAAAAUAAGGUGGGCCUAAUUUCAGGAACUAAAUCUCUAUCCCACUGCAAUAUUGAAGAGCCUACUUCUGCAAACUUAAGGUUGGGCAGUUUGUGAAUAUUUUAAGGUCCUAUUGAAAAUUUCAUGAACUCUCACAAAAGCUGCUUAAUAUUUUAAAGGUUGAGCUGUUAAUUUUGUAUGAUGUUUCAGAUUUGAGUGUUGGUGGUUGUUGCCUGAAGACAUGGCUUGUUCAAAAACAUUUUUGGGCUUUGAUUGAAGUCUUCAUCUUUUGUCUAGUCACACGGAACCUGAGGGGAUUCCUGUUUUUGCUAGGUUUCUCCCACUCUGUUUCUUAAGUUUUAUUUCUUCGAUCACCACAUGCCUGCCUUUUUUGGUUAUCUACUCAAGUCAAGAUACACAUACAUAUUUUUUGUGUAUGUAUAGGUUCUUUGUGAAAUUGUAGGCCGACUCUGUAUUCAGAAGCACGCUAUGGGGUUAGGAGAUAAAUCUGUGAAUCCGUUCUCUCCACUGUGUCUUGCAGUGAAAAGAAUGAGAGAAAGAGUAACCACAUAUGAAUGUUUCUGUAGGCUCUAAGUACAGUCAAGUUAUGCUGUGUAAAUACAUUUUAGUUGCCAUCUUGUCCAGAGCACUGAGCAAUUACAAAAACCCAAGCUAAUUAAAACAGUACUGUAGUGCAUCCUUUUCACACACUUCUUUAGUUAUGCAAACUGUAUGGGUUUUAAAAAUGUUCUUUUCUGGUCCAUUUCCAUGACAAAUACAUAUUGUUGUGUGCAAACCGUGUCUUUUGGAUCGCAAGAACAAAACAACCAUCCAAAAAAUGUUUCAGACCAAUACAACUGAGUUAGUGGCAAUUUGUCUAUUAUAUGAUUUAUGGUUGCUUUUCUAGGGUUUCAAAAUGGAUCAUCUCAAUGUCAGAAUGACAGGUUCUGACACUGAGACACACACACAGGUUGCAUAUAAUUAAGCCAAGUACCCUUUUUUGUGAUUUAACAACAGCUAGGAUUGUAAAGUGCAGACUGUUUUAAUUGCAACCAUCACUGGGGUCUAUAUGUCACCACCAGGAGAGCAUCCUGGCUUCAUUCAGUUAUCUGUGUGCCAGUGGAAACAGUGGGUGCUUAUGGUAGAUGCCAAUGAGUAAGUAAUUAUUGAGAACUUUAACAACACAGUAUACCUCAGAAAAUCCAUGAAAAUCUUGACAGCCUCCAUCUGCUGUACAAAUACCGGGCAUAUGCAGUGCAGUCCAUAAAUAUCAGGACAGCAACACAAUUUUUGUCGUUUUGCCUCUGUACUCCACCACAUUGGAUGUGAAAUGGGUUAAAGGGCAGACUGUCAGCUUUAAUAUGAGGGUUUUACAGCACUUUUUAAUUCAUAGUUCAAAAGUAAUUUGACAAUUGGCUGCUCAGCUGUUUCUUGGCCAGCUGUGUGUCUUUGUGUCAUUAGUCCGUGCACAAUAAAGCUAGCAAACGGUCUAGUGUUUGUUCUAGGUGUGGCAUUUGCAUUUGGAGUCUGUUGCUGUUGUCUCCCAAAAUGAGGUCCAAAUAAGUGUCAGUGACCGUAAAGCAGACCAUCAUAAUCUGACAAAUCACAAGAUAGACAUGGCCAAAAGACUGGGCGUGUCAAAGUCAACUGUUGGGCAUUGGUGAGCUCAAAUGGACCUGGUAGACCACAGAAGACCACUUUAGUCGAUGAUCGAAGAAUACUUUCAGUUGUGAAGAAAAAUCCCUUUUCAACUGUCGAACAGUUCAAGAACACUAUCCAGGUUGUAGCCAUGGAUAUGGUAUUAAAGACCACCAUGAAAAGACUAUGCCUUCAUGACCUCAGAGCCUUCAUCACACAUUGCAAACCAUUGGUAAUGAAGUCUUAUCGGCAGAUGAGAUGAGUAUUGACCUGCACCAAAGUGAUGAAAGAAGAAAGUGUGAAGAGAGAGAAAGGAACUGCCCAUAAUGCAAAGCACCGCCCUCAUCUUUGCCUGAAUUCUGUUGAAUUUUGAAGUGUACAUCUGCUCUGAUCCAACCAAAUGCCUCAAAACUCAUUGGCCUGCACUUCAAGUUGCAGCAGCACAGUGACCCCAAACAUACUACUAAAGCAACCAAGGCGUUUUUCCAGGCCAGAAAGUGGAAUGUUCUUGACUGUCCAAGUGAAUCACCAACUGAGCAUGCGUUUCACUUGCUGAAGACAAGACUAAAGAGCAAACGCCCCAGAAAACAAACAGGAGCUGGCUGCAGUUCAGGCAGAGCAUCGCUAGGGAAUAUACCCAGCAUCUGGUGAUGUCUGUGGUUCACAGACUUUAAGCACCGAUGCAAAGGAUUUGCAACCAAGUACGAAAUAUGACGUCUGUAUUGGAGAUUUAGUUAACUUUCUGGUUAUGUCCAGACAUGCUUUUGCUACCCUGAAAUGGGGGGGACUUUGUUUAAAAAGAGCUGUAAGUACCUUAAUGUUAAGGCUGACAGUCUGCAGGUUAACCUCGUGUUGAUUGUUUUAUUUCAAAUCCAAUGUGCCGGUGUACAGUGCCAAAACGGCAUAAAUCGUGUCACUGUCCGAAUACUUACGGAUUGCUCUGUAUAUGUAUGUUUAUGUUGUUCUUCACUCUUUGUUUUUUUCUUUCUUUCGUUCCUCCUUUCUUUCAUUCAUUCAUUUGUUCUUUCUUUCUUAAUGCCAAGCACAACACGUAGCAUGUAGUUUCAGCCAGAUUGCUUUUCAGAAUUCUUUUUCAUUAUUAUGUUCUUGAAUCAUGUAUGAAAAGUCUGACAUUGCCAUUGUUUCUUCCUGCUUGAGACAUUACCAUAGAGAUGCAGUAACCUAUAAGGGUGAUACACAUUGCAAUAUCAGACUUGCUGUUGAGAAUGGGAAUAAGAAACAUGUGGUUUGCUAUUCUGAUUGAUUUUCUGUUUGGCUCUGUAGCUGGAAUACCUUGUGAUAUUGUUUUCUGUAGAUGGUUAGAGAGCAAAACUCAAGAUGACUAAUGAUAUAAAAAUAAACCCAGUAGGUUGAUCUAGCAUUCAAACUAUUUGAUUACUUUGGAAUUCUUGUCAGGAGGUAUCUUAACUGUUGUAAUGAUAAGAUUAUAACAUCCUGACUAGUCAACUCAUCAGACUAAAAUUUUUAUUUAUUUUCCCUUUGUCCGAUGGGGCGGUCUUCAGAAGUGUUAUUUGUUUGUAACCUUAGAUAUUCCUUCGUUUUUUCCUACUUUUAGAAACUAUUAAAGUUUAUUAUUAUUAUCAGUGAAUGUAAAACACUACUGUAAAAAAACAACUGAACAUCAAUUAACCUCUUACAGUGUGUAACUAUACAUUAAAAUAGUAAUACAUGAAAAAUAUAGUUGACACACACAUACAUAUAUGUAUAUAUACACAUAUACAUACACACAUACAUUGUAUAUACUUCUCUAUAUUGAUAUAUAUACAUCUAUCCAGUGCAAGGAUACAACUCAAUAUUUACUUCAGGGAACAAUAGUAAAAAGAACAGUUAUUACAAUAUAUUAGAUAUUUCCCUUUUUUUCUAGCCAUGUGUCUUGCUCACCCAAACCCCCCCCACCCCACUCCCACCCCACCUUGAAUUUUUAAUUAAUAGUGGUGGGAUAGAAGUUGGAGCGAUAUGAAUUUAAAAUGAAGAAAGUUAGCUUAGGUAAAGCCUACCAGGCCGCAGAGAGGGUUGGUUAUUAAAUGCUGUACAGACAGUUUAUUUAUGAAAAGAAAUUAAAGUUUUUCAAGUGGAUGUGUAUAGUAAUUAAAUGUUGACACUACCAUUCCAUGUCUGCUUUUUUCAGGCAGGAUGUAAUUAACACUCCUAAGAACUUUGAUGUCUGCUUGCUGAUCGGUAAUAUUUUAACAUUUGAAAUGUAUGACAUAAUGAAGUUACUGCAUUCAUCAAUUAUAAAAAUUAAUAUAUUUUCUUUUUAUAUUUAUUGGAAAGAAGAGGACACUUUUAGUAUAUAUUUUUUGCAUGCUUACCAGUGUGUGGGGUUUCAAUAGUGUACAUACCUUGCAUUGGACCGUGGAGAAACUUUGGCAAGGCUUUAGCAGCCACAUUGAAAUGACAGGAAAUUAUGCAAAACAAAGUCCCUUCACUUUGACUUUAAAUUGACUUCAGAAAUUCUCUGAAUGCCCCAAAAAUGUGUGUCACUGGUACUGCUUGCUGAAUUUUUAACCUUUGUUAAAGCUUUGUUUUUUUUUUUUUGUUGUUGUUAGUUUUCUCCCUGUACAAAAUAUAUAGCUGCGUGUGUGUGCGUGUGUGUGCGCGUGUGCGUGCGUGCAUGUGUGUGGGAAAUCUUUUGUCACUCAUGCUGUCUUUUAUUUAUUCAGACUCAUUCUAAGUCCAUUGUCAGCUCUCAGAUUCCGCAGAUUCUUGUGAAUUUUCUUGUGUAUUCAGAUUACGAGGCUCCAGUCUAUCUCACUGUUUAAAGACAGACAGAAAAAAGGAAACCCUCAGGGACAAUUUACACACUGCUCACACUCAAUUCAGGUACUUUGUCUAGAUUCUGAGGCCUAGCAGUGAAUUUAUUUCUAUUCUUAUUGUUUUUUUUGUUUUUUUUAAGCAAAGCAAAUUGAAAACAAGUACAGUUAUACGAAGCUACAUUUUCUGUUUGUUUUUCUAUUUUUUCCAUCUUUUUUUUCCAAUCAUUUUUUUUUUCUUUCUCUAUGUGUAUAAUGAAUGUCAAUUUAAAACUCAGUUCAGGUAACAAUAUUAGCCAAACUGUGUUUUGAAGCUGCAUUUAAACUACAGCACACUGUGCCUCGGACCCUUAAAUAUAGUGGCAUUCUGUUCUUUUAUGAUGACUCAACAGGUCUUUUGGGUCCUGUUCUCUGGCCAUCUUAUAUAUUAUAUAUGAAAUACAAUUCGUGAAACCGUCUUUGCUCAGUACAUGUAAGUAUUUCAAAUUUAUGAACCAAAUUAAACUUCAGUUUUCAAUGGGACAGAGCUGCACUUGCCUGUCAUGGUUGUUCUUUUACAGGUAAGAUUGCGACCGUAUAGCAAUCUGCCCAGUACUGCUCAUUUAAAAUGGAUACGUCUUGGGGUUUUUAUUUUUGUUUGUUUUUCCAAGGUCUGCUGCCUUGUAUGUUUUUUGUGGAUUGUUUGCUGCUAGUCUAAGUUGACAUGCAUCUGCAGUCUAGCACUGAGGGCCUUGCCACAUUACUUUUUUCUUUUUUUAAACAAAAACUGUUUCGGUCAUAAUCAAAUUUGACUGCUGUUAGUCUCUUCAUAAGAUUCUGAAUUUUAUUUUUAAGGUGGCAGGUUGAUGUUUAUCAUCAUCAUUGUUUUGAUACUCUUAAAAGCAAGAUGUCCUCUUUAAUUGGUUAUACUGCAACGGUGACGAAAGGUAUUCCUUUUUUUGUUGUUGUUCAUGUUGUGGACGUGGCAAUGGGUUGCUCAUGGCAGGAAAAGUGAAAUACUUACAUGGUCACUUAGCUUAGCAGUGACUGAACUGUAUACACAUGCCAUUUUCAGGGUUAGAUUUUCUUUCAAAUAAAUCUUUGUAUCGUGGUUUUGAUAUACCUCAUUCCAUCGGUUUAGACUGGAGAGCUCACAGUGACCCCAGAUCUGAGUAAUUUUAGAUGUUCAGAAAGCAGGCACUCCAAAAAACGUAAUGGACCUCAUUAUACUCAAUAUUUACUGUUUACAGUUUGACAGAAUUGUAUGAUUUGAUAUCUUUCUUGUACUGUAGUUUUAUUUAUGUACAUUUAUUUUGUACUGUGCGAGUUGGACUUUUAUUCUAGGCUAUAAUCAGUGUCAGUGUAGUAGAGCUCCUAAAGGAUCACAAUAAUUGGUUUGAUUGCACUAUUUGUUUUCUGUUUUGAAUGCAAAAUCAGAUUUUACAACUGGACUAAUGAAAGAUAAGCUGUCUCAUAAUGUAUGUGAUUUUUAAAUAAAAUUUGAUUUCUGUGGUCUUUAACAUUUUUUUAAAAUUAAAAUAAAAAAAUUUAUUUUGCAUUGAACGUCAAGCAACGCUGAUUAAUUCAGUCUUUGUGCAUGUGUAAGGUUUUACUGGUUAUGUUGUAUUCUAUUGGAGAAAUGCCAUUUUCGCAAACACAUUUCGGCUGUAAUGUUGUGUAAGGUAGUGUUCACUGGAUGCUAGAAUCUCUUCUUUUUAAAACCACUAUUCUUCUAAUAAAUUUGUUGUGAAAAUAAAA